GAGAAGCAAGAUUUAGAAGAAAAUUCAUCUCCUCCAAGCAAACAACUCCGACCUCCUGAAAGAUCCCCACCAUGAGGCAGUCCCUCUUGUCGGUCAUCUUUGCUGCUGCACUCUUACUCAACUCAAUGGCACUGCCCAUGGGCAAGACUGAAGACGGAUCCUUGGAGCAAGAAGUUUUCAACUCGCUCCUAAAUGAUGAGGCAACGGAGAGCAACCUGGCUGAAGCAGAUGUGGCCAGUGUGACCAGACCACGGACAUCGAAGGUCAUCGUCAUUGCCGCUGAUCCAACUAUAUGGAGGGACCUGCGAGUGCUGCAGAACGGGCUCUCUGUUUACAAACGAAGAGCUGAUGAUAGCAACCAGGCCAGCGAGCAUGGAGACGGCAGACAGCAGCUGGGCUUCCCCAUUCUAAGGAGAGACAACAUGAGGUGCAUGGUGGGACGGGUGUACCGGCCUUGCUGGGAGGUCUAGGACUGUUUGUUCGGCUCCAUGAGGCAACCAAACCGAAGAAAGCAAACAGAUCCUUUCCUGUCUUACACUGUUGUGUGACAUAAUCAAGAAAUGUGUGUACGAGUAUUAAAAUUCUUGUAGAUCUGUGAAUAAAUAUUAUUCAAUUCUG